GGGAAGCAGCUCUACUCCGUGUACGGCGGGGCCACGGGGCUGCUGCUGUUCAACGGCGACCACAACUCCAGGCGCCCCGGCCCCGUGUACGCCACGGCCACCAAGUUCCUGGAGCCGCUGAUGAGCCUCCCCCCCAAGGCGCGCAGGCCCGUCGUGACGGUGCCCCUGAACAACCUCCGGACGCCCUGGGAGCCGCCGUGCGGUUGUCGCUCCGUCCACGGCCUCUGGAUGCUCGACGCCAUGUUCUGCUCCUCAGCCGGGGGCCAUGGAAGCUGCAUGGCAAGCGGAAAGGCCGAGGGCGGCACCUUCUCCCGGGGCGACCCCGACGCGGCCCUCAGCGCGCGCGGCGGGCUGAGCAAGGCCUCGGCCCCCGCGCCGCGGCGGAGCCGGCGGGCGGCCGAGAGGAGGCCCGGGCGAGGAGAGCAGUACGCCUGGGCCUUCCCAGCGACUCCUGGGAGGAACCGCCCCGACCGUGCCUCCGCUGGGGAAAAUUCGAUGUUUGAGGCCGCGCCGCCCGCGGCCGAAGGGCCGCUUGGGCGCCCGAGCGGCCGUGUGGCCCACGGCGGCCUUUCAGCUAGGCCUCGCUGGCACCGCCGGCGCGGGUAG